GAAAACGAAACUGAAAUUCUCAGCGGUCCUCUGGCAGCAGAUACCCCAUUCUAAGGCCGCAGCCUGCAACCUGUCAUUGGUCAAGGUGGCUCCUAUGCUAAUAAGGGGGCAGCCCUAGAACGUUCAAGCGCUGCCUCUACUGCCCAGUUCCCUAACUCAGAGGAGAUGUGAAUGGCCCCAACUUUUUACCACCAUUUUCCCGUGCCCAUGGAUGACAAAUGGGGAAAAGCCAGGGUCGGGGGCGUGCUGCUUCUGCUGCUUCUGGUAAUGGCCCUCGGGGUGGCCCUGAUCAUCAUCGUCAACAGCAAGGCCUGCAAGGAUGGCCUGGAGGUCCAGAAAGAAGGUCAAAACGCCACCCACCUGAAACGCCAGCUGACGCAAGCCCAGGAGGGCUUCUGGGAGGCCCAGGCCCAGGCGGAUGCCUGCAACCACACUGUGGUGAACCUGACUGCUUCCCUGGAGGUGGAGAAGGCUCAGGGCCAGAAGAAGCAGGCACUUGUUGAGGAGCUUGAGGAAGAGAUCAAGAAACUGAACCAGAAGCUGCAGGAAAAGAUGGCGGAGGUGGAGCAGCUAAGAAAAGAGAAGGAGGCCCGUGGAAAUUCCCACACCUCCAGCUCCUCGACCACCCUCAGCCCCUCGGUGGCUGCUGGGCUCCUCCAGCUCCUGGGCCUCAUCAUGGCUGUGCUGCUCUGAAUCCCGGAACUCCACACCUACGGUCACAGCCUGGACGGGUCCGUUUCGCCUCUGCUCCCUGGUUGACGCCCUCUUUGACGUGGCUGGCCUUCAGGGACCAUGCGGCAGCAUUAUGGGGGGCACGGAGUAGUAUUAGAGGGGCACAGGGCAGCGCUGGGGGUGAGAGGGAGCAGGGAAUGAGCAGGGCAGGGAAUGAGCCCCCCUGAGGGCUUGAGCAUGGAGCGAGGACACCUGCUUCUUUGCUGUCACAGUAUCUGGAAGGGUCACUGUCUUCUAUGCCUUUGGGCUACAAAAAGUAAUAAAA